AAAUUUGUAAAAUCAAAUUGUAAUUCAUUUAUUAUUACCAUAAAAGUUGAAAAAAAUACUAUAUGACAAUAAAAUAUGGACGGUAUUUUUUUCAGUGCUUGCAUUUCAAAACAAAAACAUUCAAUCGUCUUGCUUACUGCAAAUCGCUGUCUUGUUUACCAUAAUGUUGUCAUUUUGGCAACGAAUAUGGUAAAACAGAACCAUGCAAAAACAACAUUGAUCGACCAAACAGACGCCAUUACUAAAAAUUUGUUCUCGGAACGCUGCUGGUUCGUUUAUUUUUGCCUGUUGUUUUUUUGUGAAUUAUGGCCGGAAAAAGCAAGGAAACUGUCGAAGUUAUUGUUGAUGACAUAGUAGCGGAUCCGGAAUUGAUUGAAGAGCAUGACCCAGAACUGCAAGAAUUGAUCUUGGGCGAAUGGAACUUGGAUGCCGCGAUUUAUUCUAUCUUGGUCGGACACGGAAUUACAGUUGGCUAUCUGAAGGACAUUGAUGAUGCGGCUUUGUCGGAGAUUUUCUCGGUAAUCAAGUGGACAGGCCAUAAAUAUGCCCUUAGAAAGAAACUGCAGAGUUGGCCUGAAAGUUCCUUCUAUUCAACUAACGCUUCUCACGAGCAUGGCCAUACAAGCAGUACAUCAAAUCCUGGGCCAUCCAAUCAUUGUUUGCUACCAUCGUCAGUAACGAGAAGCCAUCUCGAAGAUGUCUUGGAGAGAAACGAGAAGGGUAAAAUUGUCCGAAACUACUACGAAAAGCAUCACCAGUUGGACACAGAACACAAAAAGUAUUUGGCUCAUACUAUAGUAGACUACUACAUAGCUAAUGAUCGCUACUUCACAUUAACUGACAUGGCUCGAUUUGCUCAUUACAUCGUAGAACGAUUUCCUUCGGAACUAGCUGAAAUCUACUUUAAUCCUCGAGAUAACUCAAUCGGAAAGAAACAUCCAUCUGGUCUACUUUAUGACAGGUUUCAUAACAGAAACAAGAAAUCCCUAUUGGAAAGGAAGCGUAAGAGCAACGACGAUAUCGACCAUUGGAAGGAAUACGAAGCAAAGGCUGUUGCCCUAUCUGUUGAAGACAUUGAAAGACAGAAUUGUCACAAAAAUUGGCUCCGAAAUAAUCAGCAACCCGCGGAGAAAGUCACGCAGCUUUGGAAAGAGUCACUCCUGCUGCGCAUGCGGACCAUUGUACAAGAUACAGAAGUUGACAAGAAGAAUGUGCUAGCAGAGUGGCCUCGUCUAACGGAUGAAAAUGGAUAUUUGCUGAUUGAUGCAGAUUUUUGUUCCAUCUACGGAGAGCUUGGUGAUCUAUCAAACAUUUUCAAUGUCUGGGAAGGAUUCGUAGAACGAUUUCUACAAUACGUUGAACAAAAAGGAUUGAAUGACGAUUACUCUCGAGAACUUUACAGCCGUCUGCAUGAAACAAAUAUCCCCAAAGAUAGCCGGGAUUUUAUUUGUUGUACCAUAUUUCAUGGUAUCGUCAAGCCAGUUCGAACAUCAUCCCGCAAAUUGCCAACGAUUUUGCAAGCACAAACGGAUAUGUGCUAUGCAUGUAAGACAGAGCAGGAUUUUUCAGAAGCUGUAGCAGAAUUACGUGACGAGUACGAAGCAAAUGCAGUUCAAUUUUUCCCACGGAUUUAUGUAAUUGGAGGAACCGAGCAUCUGUUUGCGUUCUAUGUCGUGCGAAAUUUCAGUACAAACUUCCAUCAUUCCUGCGUUGCAUCGAUCUUGUCGUGAAGCUGAAGUUUGUAUUGAAUUAUAAUUUUCCGGAAAGCUGCGAGUUGUUUUGGUACUUCGUUGCCAAACACUUCUACAACGUCGGCUACUCCCGAAAAGCUAGGAAUAGCCAACUUCUGCAACUGUUCGCAUAUCUGAAGGACGGCUAAGAAACAACAUGAACUGUCAUCUGUGCCGCAGGCCGCAGGGAUCUGUUCAAACGUUGUUUGACCAUUUGACGAUAUUCCACGGCACUCCCACCGUUUUCAAAUAUACGUGUACAGCAUGCGCACCUUCAAGAUCGUAUCAAAAUCUGCAUCGUUUUAAACGGCACAUCAAUUCCAGCCACGUCGGAUUAUUUCAGUCUAGUGACACUGAAAAUCAGGACACAACAUGCGACGUCUAUCAUGAAGCUGAUAAGCCUACGGAUCCCAUCGAUACGGAAGAAAAAACGAUUUUGCAGGAAAAUUCAAACACAUACAAUACUAAUGAUCUUGGAAAUGUAAACGAAUCGUUGGAGAAAGAGAAAGUUAGUUUAAGUGAUGAUGAUAUUUUAGUCUUAAGAAAUAAGUUAGGAGAAAUGUUUUUAAACUUUACGUUAAAUUUACACAGUAAGUCAAAUUUUACGAGAAAAGACGUAAUAAGCUUACAACAGAGCAUUACUGAUCAAAUAGUUAAGCCAAUUUGUGAUACACUGCUAAAAAUAAGUCCGGUAGAUGAUAUUGAUUCGGAAGGAGUUAAAGAACUUAUUGAUGAUAUUUACCAACCGUUUCAGUUUAUAAGUUCCGAGAAAAAGCUUAAUACUACAUUGCAAAACAUUCAAUUAC